AUGGACUCGGAUUCUGCCCAAGAUUCAGUUGUGCCUACCUUAUCUGAAUCUGCUCUUGAUGCUCUAGAAAUGGACGGGUCGAUGCUAGAUGUUAACUCACUACACAAUGACUCGGACUCUCUAACACCAACUAUUGGGGAAAUGGUAAUGGGACUUCAAUCUAUAGAAGAGCCAUCUAUUGGAGGAAAUUCAGAGCCAUCCAUUGAAAGACUAUCUCAUGACAUUGAUCAAGAAAGUGCAUCUAUUGGAGAACAGAUUUUUUCGCAGUAUCCAAAAAGCUGGGAUUCUACAAUUUGCAGUCGUGUUAUCAAGGACAUUUUUCACGUUUUCAACAUGUUCCACAUUGUCUCCAACCACGGUUUACGCAUUGAAUUUGCUCGUCAACUCCGGGAUGCCAUUUUUAUUCCAGAUGCCAAUGACCGAGCCAAUAUAAAUGCCUGGGGAGCCAAACAAACCCCUCCAGUCACAUUUGAGCAACUUCGAUCUUCACGACCAAAAUGGCUAUGGCGGCGGUGUAAACGAAUCAUACCUUCGGCCGACAUACUUUAUGAUCUUCUCAAGAAGGUUUUUCAGACAUUUGGACCACUUAAAGAUGCCACCACUGGCGUUGCCUUGUUCAAUUUUAGUACUUGGAAAACAUGUGGCCAUGUACUUGACUUGGCUCGAUGCGGAUUUCUAUCGGAUCCUCCAGGAAUUCCACUCUAUGUCGAGGUUUGUGUGGAUAGCAAGGCUCCAGGCCUCACAAUUUAUCGCUGUCUGCGUGGAACAAAUAUGACAGAAGGUGGAGUACACACACAUCUGCGAUCUCAUCUUCCAACAUCAGGAGCAUCCGUUGAACAUGUCCAUUCUUGCAUAUCUGAUUUUGUUUUGCGACACAAUCUCAUUGUUGGCACAUUCAAUAGCACGGGUCAAAGAUAUCGUGGCCAUUUUUCUAUAUGGUUGACUAAUAGUAUUCAAGAACGAUUGGAAUAUCUGCGAGAUGUUCUUAUAAAUCCGCUCGAACUAACUGGGUGGGUAAAUGGUAAUCUAUAUAUGCAGACUUCCGAGGUCCUUGGAAUACUUCCCAUCCCACUUGAAAUUCGCACUUCGGCUGGUAUGACUGAGUAUACGCCAAGUCUCGAUAGGCGGCAAAAACAUGCAUUCCUAGCACAAAUGCAGAAGACCCGAAAACCAAUUCUUCCAGUACACAAUCCGGAUGAAAAACAACUUUUUCGGCAUCUUAUGCAAAAAAAUCCCGAGUAUAAUUCAGUUUCAUCUGGACCUAUAUGGAAAGAGGCGGUCAAAGUAUGGAAUCACUAUGCUGAUACUGAGCCUACCAUAUCUUACAAGCUAAUCGAGCAGCUAAAGUCAUACUAUUCAAAAUGGAAAACACUUGUCAAUUCAAAAGAGACAUUAACGAUGACAUACGAUACCCGCCGACCACUUGCAUUAGAGUUGACAGAUCCUACACGCUCCUCAACGGCACCACGUGUACCCCAAACCUCCCUCCAACCGGCACGUAUAAGCAGUGGACUCCUUCCAACAUCUGUUUCGCUGGGUAACUUCUUCAAUCUUCCCCAACAUUCUCUGCAAAAUGAUCAGCACAGCAGCACAGUCCGAACAAAUAUUCAAUCACAAUCACGCACAUUAUCAAACCCGCCAACACGUCCGAAUUUCAAUGUUUCUGCAUCAAGAAGCACAAACGAAGCGCAAACACACCUUUCUAUUGGAAUACCUGGUCGGCCUGCUUAUGAAAUAGGUCUUGAUUUGCAAAAUUGGGCUCAACGAGAGGCGCUAGCUCAACAACGACAUUGGAAAAAAAGAAAGCUCCUCGUACCUGUGCAAAAUGCGGAUCAGAACGUUGCUCAGGCCGUGGGCAGGUGCUCUUUUGCAGGUCACCGUGUCGCGAUUGCGGAGAUGUUGAUUGUGAUGGUCGCAAUACAAAGCAGCCCAACAAGCCUUGCUAUAGUGGUUGGGAAGGAGUUGACCCAGCACGCCGCCCUAAUUCUAGAGCUGAGCCAGCCCGUAAACCGUGGAAAACGCGAAUUGAAGUGGCAUUUUGAAUGCAACAAACAUCAGUAUCGGGCCGAGUGUGAGAAAGAAAUUAAGGGUGACGAUAUGGCACGAACCACCACAACACCCGAUGAUGCCGACUCCAAUCACAUCCUCAAGAACGUGUCCGUCCUUGAUUUCGUCCAGCGCGUCUGGGGCGUGGAAACUGAGCAAUGCCACAUGAUUCUGAACAAAGAAUUUAAGCCUUCACUGUGCUCGUUGAGACAAUACCAGAAAGCCUUGGACCGUAGGUCUGAUGCAGGCAUCCAGAGCUGGCCAGAACUUCGACAGUUAUUUCGUGAAAUGGCAACUGUUCUAAUCAAGGACGUCUGUGAUAUUCUUUCUAUCGACCACAAGGAAGUCAAGACGCGGUUUUUGGACGGAUAUGAAACUAGGGACACAGCGAAAGAUGGAAAGCCCGACUUGCUGAAUGUGUACAUACCGGUGGGGAAAGCGACCGCUGGUGCCUUGAGCCCUAAACUUGAAGACAGUGAUCUUGCUGAGGGCACAUCUAUACCAGAGUGGAGCGAGGUCCGCGCAUUUAUCGAGUUUAAGCAAAGCCAAAUCUCUUCUUUAGAAGAAGGUGAAGUCUCUAGUAUCUGUUCGAGCGAAGAUAGCGACGAAUCCCAGUUAUCGACAACCUCUCACUCGGAAACCACCCAUGACAGCGAAAUUGCGGGAGAUAAGCGGUCAAAAAGUUCUGACCUGUCGAUGGAGAACAGAGACGCAAAGAAGCGAUGUAGCUCUGAAAUCAUACCCAAGUAUGAGCUGCAGCUUGCCGAUUACGCCCAGAAGUGUCUAGCCACAGGGUAUCGACACUAUGUAACUGGCAUCUUCAUCGACGGCUUUGAGUUUUGGCUCUGGUAUUAUGAUCGCUCUGGCGCUAUGCGCUGCGUUGGUCACAAUUUUUCGGAGCGGUUGGGAAUGGCGAACCUGGCGCUCGCCCUUUUUGCGCCCAGUCAGAGCGAUAUGAAGCAUGCUGGGUUUGAUCCUUUUUUAUAUGCCAUCAGGGGAGAUCCUGAUCUGCCAGUCAAAUCAUCUGAAAUAUCGCUGUUGAUAAGACCUGCAGUUGACCUAAUGGGUCAAUGCUACAAAUUUACCAAGGGAUGUGGUGAAAAGCACUUAUUUUUCAUUAAGAAAAUUAUCUGUUUACCGAAGGCCAUCCAUGGUCGAGGAACAGUAGCGGUCAUCGCUCGUCAUAGCCUUUCUGGACAGAAGUUCUCAGACAACUUGUAUGCGCUCAAGCUCAGCUGGCAGCAAAUAACACGGAGACAUGAAGGGGAUAUAAUCAAACACCUCAGGAAUGUUCUCCUCGACUGGCGCGACCACCUUCCAGGACCAGUCUUUCAUACGACAGUUUCAGCUGCUGAACUUUCCAUGCCGAGACAGGCAGUCCGAAAAUCCGGGAGUCCAUCUAACUAUCCUUCUACUGAGGAACGCGACACCCUUCACGUCAUCGCCACAAGCCGCUGCAAGCCCCUUUGGCAAGCCAAAGAUGUAGAAGAGUUUAAGCAGGCUUUCCUAGACUGUGUGGAAUGCCAUUACCACGCCUAUAAAACUGGGCGUGUGCUUCAUCGUGACAUCAGCGAAAAGAAUUUGAUGAUAUACCAGCCUGAAAAAACAGACAAGAGUUUUCUCCAAGACGGUUCGCAUACCACGGAGUCGACUCUGGAAAACGAUGAUGAGCCUAGAGCACGAGGAAUCCUCAAUGACUUUGACAUGGCAGCCAUGCUAGGCCCGGACGAUAAACCUAUCUCCACUUGCCCUGGAGAACCCCACAAUAUAGGCACUUUGACUUUCAUGGCUCGCGACCUCCUGACAUCACCAACUCUACGGCGGUUCUAUCAAGAAAUACACCCUACAUUGCCAGAUUUCCACCUUUAUCGCCAUGACCUUGAGUCAUUCUUCUACGUUCUUAUUUGGGCAGCGACACGCUACGAUCUGGCCGCGGGCAAAAAACGCAGUUUGCCCGAAAAUUCACCUCUCUUGGACUGGUGCCAUGGCACACUAGGGAAAGGCUACUCUAUAAAAAUCCCUACAAAAUCAAUGAUGUUAUCCCUGAAACAGGGAAUCCGUCCGGAAUGGAAGGGGGUUUGGAUUGACUGGAUCGAACCGCUCUACUUUUUGUUCCAAGAGGGAUACCGAUGUUGCCAUAACGCACGGACAAAUGACGACGCAGCUGGAUACAUUACGGGUCAUGGAAAUUUGACUUUUGAGAAGUUCAUGGACACCAUUAAAGUCGUGCCUCGAAACUUUGGACCGAAGGAGUGA